CAUCACUUGUUUCCCACUUACUAUUUCCUUAGCUUCAUCACAAGCAACCAACCUGUCUCUUGUUGGAUACAUACAUACAUAUUUUGGUUUGUUGGAUCCACUCAGAACAGACCUCAAACCAAUCAGUUCACGGUGUUCACCCCCAUCUCUCUCUCUCUCACACACACACAGAUUUGGUGCUAAUGCGGUGGUGGUGAUGCUGCUGCUUUUUCUGAGGUAGAGUAGCUAGGGCCCAAUUAUGCCUUCAUUUCUCAACUUAAUUUGACUGUCUCAUUGCAAUAACUUGGGAUUUUAAUUUCUUUUGCUCUCUUAGCUCUUACAUAUAUAUAUAUAUAUAUUUCUUUGUCUCUACUUACCUUAUAUUUUCUCUUAAGGAAGGUACUUAAUUAGAGCCGGUAAGGCGGUGGUGGUGGUGCUUCUGAGGUAGGAUUAGGGUCCAUUUGUUCUUUUAUUUAUAUAUUUCCAUUUAACUUUCCAUUGCAAUAUCCUAGGGUUUCUCUCUUUUCUCUCUCAGACAUACAUGUCAAUUACUUGGCAUAUAUUUUGACUCUUGAGGAAGUUAAUGAGUUUCACUAAUUAAGGUGGUGGUGGUGGUGGUGGUGCUCCUGAGGUAGACUUGUAGACUCUGCUUUUGUUUCAUUUCAAAAAAUUUAGGAAUUUCUUAUGCAAUGACCUAGGAUUUUUUCUCUCUCUACACAUACAUUUCAAGCUGUUGAAAUUAAAUGGGUUGGUGGGUUUAGCACCCAAAAGUUGAAUAUUAGGACCCAAAUGAAGAAAAAGAGUACAAAUGAUCUAGUUAAACUACUUUGAUAAUCUCUAAAUAUAAUUUCAGUAUUUGCUUGUUUAAAUUUGUUUUUCUUCUUAUAUUAUAUAUAAGAGCCUGCUUUAUAUGAAUGAUUGAACUGUUUUAUUGCCUGACAAGAAAAUGGAAUUGAGAGGUGAGGAAAAGGAAAUGAGAAACCCAGCAAGCUCUAUAGCUUAUAAUCCUGUCCUCCAACAACAGUCAUCAUCGGAAACCCUAGAUCAUCAUCCUCCAGACCCAGAUCAGGUUUUCCGCAAAAUUGACCCCAAAUCAAGUGGAUUGAGCUUGAAAGCACCACUGGCUUCACCUGCUAGAUACGGUGAAUGUCUCAAGAACCACGCGGCGGGCAUUGGUGGUAACGUGGUGGACGGAUGCGGAGAGUUCAUGGCGAGCGGUGAGGAAGGCACCAUCGAAGCUCUCAGGUGCGCGGCUUGUAACUGCCACCGCAACUUUCACCGGAAAAAAACAGUAAAGGAAGGCAAUGCUGAUCGCAUAGUACAUCCACUUCAACUACAUCCACCAUUGCCAUCUCCAUCACAAGCACUGAAGCUGCAGCAUCAUCAGAAGAUGAUCUCAAUGGGUAGUGUGCAUACAAAUCAUUGGAUGGCUUCAAUGGCUCAACCUGUGAAAAUGGCUUUUGGUGGCGGUGGCGGUGGCGGCGGCGGCGGCGGUGGUAGUGCUGGGACUGAGUCUUCAAGUGAGGAUCUCAACAAUUUCAACUACUGUACAUUCCAGUCGACGGCUCCACCAAUGCCACCAUUGUCCAAGAAGCGGUUUCGGACCAAGUUUACGCAGGAGCAGAAAGAGAAGAUGAUGGAGCUUGCGGAAAGAGUUGGGUGGAGGAUACCGAAGGAAGAUGAUGCCGAGGUCCAGAGGUUUUGUGCUCAAGUUGGGGUAAAGAGACAGGUUUUCAAGGUUUGGAUGCACAAUAAUAAAAGUUCUACGAAACAAUUGCAACAGCAAGAGCAGCAACAGCAACAGCAACAAAAAAAGCAAGAAUCAUAAGCAGCUUGGUAGGAAGGCUAGUCAUAUUGAGUUCCAAACCAACAAGGGUGAAGAGAGUAGAUGAUGGAUCACAAGAUUAUAAAGGCCAAGACACAUAUAUAAAUAUAUGUAUGGUGUAUUUUAUGUACCACUUCCUUAGCAAAAAUUUGGAUUAGGUUUUCUGUAUUUUGUGUACCACUUCCUUAGCAAAAAUUUGGAUUAGGUUUUCUGUAUAAUUUGCACUAUGAUUUUUGAACUUUUUCACCAAUGAAUUUGCCUGAACUAUCUAAUUCACCGUCAACAAU